UGGAAAGUGUGCGUGUGUAGUGUCUGUGCGCACAGGUGAUCUUCAGUCCCGCUGUGGAUCCGGGGAAUCAUGGGGAAGCUCCAGCAGUUCGAGAUCACCUUCGACAAUAGCAAAGUGAUGUACAGUCCGGGAGAGUCCAUCACCGGGACCGUGAGCGUCAAAGUGGGCCAGUCGCUGCCCUGCAAAGCCAUCAAAGUGAACUGCAACGGUUUCUGUGGCAUCACCACCAAAGUGAACGACACGGCGUGGACGUUGGAGGAGCAGUACUUCAACAGCACCGUCUCUGUCUCAGACAAAGGAACACUGAAACAGGGAGAACACACUUUUCCCUUCAAGUUUCUCAUACCAGCCACUGCUCCAACAUCCUUUGAAGGCAACUAUGGCAAAAUCAUUUACAGAGUGAGGGCUUUUAUUGAAACACCACGUUUUGCCAAGGACUACAACAUUGAGAAGGCUUUCUACCUGCUCAGCCUCCUGAACCUGAAUGAAGUGCCAGACAUAUGGGGAACCUGCUUAUCUGAAGUGACGCAGCAGUUCACCUACAUGCUGGUGAAAACGGGCACAGUCGUCCUGAAGGCCCAGACUGACAUGAAGGGUUACACACCAGGCCAGAUCAUCCAGGUGACAGCCAAAAUCCACAACCAGUCUGGGAAGAAUACAGGCAACAUGGCGGCCAGCCUGGUGCAGAGAGUGACCUAUGAGACGAAGAGGCCCACCCAUGAUCUGAGAAACAUAGCGGAUGUGGAGGGAGGCGCCGUGAAGGCCGGCAAGGAGGUGGAGUGGAAGGAGCAGAUCAUCAUUCCUCCUCUCCCACAGUCCUCGCUGGCAGGCUGUGAUCUGAUAAAGAUUGAAUAUUACGUUAAAGUCAGUCUAAAAUCUCCAGACGUCAUGCUGACACUACCCAUCCACAUCGGGAACGUCUCACUUGACAAAAAACUGCACCCUUCCAAAAAAGCAGCACAUUCUUCCUCUGAUGCAGCUGAGGUUACACCCGGGGGGGCCAACUCUGACAGCUCCACCUCUGCCACCACUCUCACACUGCCCCCUCGUCCUGCCCCAAAACCUGCUCCCCGUCCCACCCCUCGCCCCAGGGUGUCGUCCCAUAAUUCCCCCAGUGCUCCUCCAGCUGACUAUCGCCUUGGAGCAGAGGGUGGGGCUCCAGUGAACGAUGGCUUCCCCAACAAGCGCCAGUCUCAGCUGGUGUCACCCAAUGCUUUCAGCUAUGCCCCCGGGCUGUUUUUCCCCCAGAACCAGCCACCCAGUGGGCCUGGCACUGCAGCCAGUGGCUCCACAGGGGCCACAGCACCUUACCCAACUGAGCACGCUGCUAGCUCAGCACCAACAGCCCUCAUCCUGCCUCCAGAGUAUGACACCUCAGCUUAUCCUCAAGAUCAUCUGGAGAAACUCGGAGGUGUAUGUGUGAACGCAAAUGUCCAAGUCAGAGCCUCCAGAGUUUCUGAGGACGUUCUCCAACUGGCCCCCUAAAGUCUGCAGAAUGUCCGGAGCAGUUGAUGUGAGAACACAGCAUUAGAUUCUAUGCAGGAUUCACCGCGAGCGAGUUACAAGUUAAUGACACUUGUAACUUGCUACAGACUUAAAAAUGAAACAAAUAAAAGGAAAACGAAUAUCUGUGGAUGAAAAAGAGCUGUACGUCACACGCGGAGAAGACACCGACAAAGAUGUCAAGAGAGCUAAUGGUGAUAAGAGCUGACGUCGGUGUCUAUGUGAUGUAAUAAGGCCUCUGCUCACCUGAAUCCUGCGGAGAAUUUGUUGCUGUUGUGCUUAAAUAAAGGCAUCUCACUCACAUACUGACAGGAUGAUCAACCGUGGAUGAGGUUCAGCAAAUGAAUGUGAUCAGGCUGCACAGCAGCUAGCUGUAUUGCUUGUUGAAACAUGAAGGGAGGGUUAGGUGAGUUGUGGCUGUUAAAGCAUUUGUUUUGGUUUGUAAAGCUGAUGCUAGUGCGACAUCUAGUGGCACUGAAUAUUGUGUAUAUAUAACCUUUCGAUGUUUGAUCCACGAAUAUUUCUGUCAACGUGCUGAAAGGUCCUUGUGCAAGACUUCACGCCACCACCUACAUCUGCAGUUUUAACCAUUGAAUCCGACAGCGUACGUCCCUGUGCGCGGUCGCUAACUGGCAGAAUUUAUAGUCACAGGAAGGGAAUUCAUUAUGAUUGGACGCAGAAUGAGUGAAGGCACCUCAACACAGACGCAGGAUUAAAAUGGGAAUGUGUUUUUCAUGUCAUGGCGCCUUUAAAGUUGUUACUAAUCAGGCUCCCCUGGCUGUGGUUGUCCAGUGGCUUCCUGACGAUGGAAAGUGUGAUAUAUAAGUGAGGUCUUUUGUGCUGACCAGCUGGUUUCAUGUGUCUGUCUGUUACAGAGGCUCCACCAUCUUAUGAUGAGAGCUGCAACACAUGAAGUGGAUGAAGACUGAAGACGCUCCAACCAGGAGGAUCAUUAAUUCACUAUAAUUCACUACAAUAUCAAACAAAAUGUCCAACUGAAACUGCAGUUCCUCUGGUUUUGGAAAUCAUGGCAUCAUCAUGCAGAGUCCAGUCAUGGUAAAACGUUAGAACUCACUUGGACCAAAUAAUUACCAGACACAGAGCGAACAUAUUGUAACCUGGUGUGAUUACUUUUACAACUAUUUAACCCCCAGAUUUUGUGUAAGUUUCAAAUGUUUCUAAAUGUACAAGAAUCAGCAUUUUGAAUUGAAGUGAAUGGACCUCAGGCCCUGCUGCCCAGUGAACAAGUAGCUUAAUAUAACCUAAUGGGGGUUGUCCUCUCCACAGCCAAUCAACACUGUCUUUUUUUUUUUUUUUAAUCUAUUUUUUGCUUUUGUUUGUUUUAAGCACUUUGAAUGAGAGGAAAGAGAAGAGGAAUCUGCAGAAUUAUAUUUUCUGUUCUUUUUACUGAAACCGGAGUCGAGCUUUUAAUUGUGGGUCCCUUAGCAGUAGAUGACGUCUGUGAUGUCGGGUUUGAAAGUUUCAUGUCGGAACAUUGGUACAAAACAAUUCAUCUAGUAUUUAGUUUUAUACUCUUCAAAGGCUAACAGGUGAAAUCAUCUCCAUUUGUUGAAUAUUUAAGUCUAGAUGAAAGAUGUAGUUUGCCAAGAUCCUUUUUUAUUUGCUUUUAAUCAGGAGUUUUCAAAUUUAUGACACACAAUUCAGAUGUUGUUGUUGCAAGUUGUCUAUACUUAGAUUUCUAAGGAUAUAGCGUAGGAUCCAACUCAACCUCUACAGAUAUCUGACAUUUUUGAUCAUUUGUUACUUUCAUGUCCUUGAACUAUGUUAUAAUGACGUUGUAUAUUUUUCUCCUGCUGAAUGUGUGUUGGCUCUAUUCAUGCAAGACAUCCCUUGUGUGUCAGAUUUUUUUUAAUAUUUGAAUGAUAAUGCAGGAUUACUGUGAUUGGAGGUUUUACUUAGCUAAUCUUGAUGAAGUUCACAGCGUCUAUUUCAAUCAAAGUUUUGUGAAGUACGUUUUUGUAAGAAUGUUUCAAGUUAAACCCUUUGGACAUGCAGGAAAAACAACAUUUAUUUAUUGCUCUCUGAAUUCCAAUAAAUCUGUUAAUACGA